AUGGCCUUAUUCCCACCGUCAAAAACUCCAUCGUCCUGUUUCACCAACCUGUUUGACCCAAGACUAUCCUCUGAAACUCGAUAUCCGUUGCAAGUGCAACUCUGUCUCUUUCUAUGCCUCUGCCUCUCAAGUGGCCAUGUCCGUCUGUCAAAGAUUUUGAUGACCUUCCCCAUUGUUGCAUCGCAUUUCAUUCUCUCUUUCCUUUCCCUCUUUCCGCCCUCAUUCCCUUCUAAUCUCACAUACUGCUAA